AUGGCAUCCGCUGAUUAUCAUUAUUCAAAUGAUCUUACGACCGAUAAUUUACUUGAUAAAAUCAAACAACAACGAUUUCUAGGCGGCGAAGCAUGUCUAUGGACGGAAUAUAUUGAUGCUAAUAUGGUUCAUUCACGUACGUGGCCACGUACAGCUGCUAUCGCUGAACGAUUAUGGUCAACAAAUUCGGACGAAAUCGAAUGCAUGUACGAUAGACUUACCUUUAUGGACAAAACAUUUUUUCAUCCAAAGGAUGAAAAAUAUAUCAGAGAUUUAUCUAGAUUAACAUCAAAUGUUAAUGCUUUAAAACUUCUAGCUGAUCUAUGUGAACCAUUAGGUUUACAAGGACGUGAUCAUACUCGUAAUUAUACAAGUCGAACGCCAUUAAAUCGUUUUGUUGAUAUUUUAAAACCAGAAAGUGAACAAACUCGACAAUUAAUUAAAACAAGAAAUGUAUCUCAAUUAUAUUUAACAUUUGCGUCAUGGAAAAUGAAUCAUCUGUACAUUCAAUGUAAUGAUUCGGAUGUUUUGCAACUAUCAGAAAAUUUAGCUCGACUUAGUGAAAUGGGCCUUCGGCUAUUAAAAUUACUCAGUCAAAAUGAACAAAGACAAAUUGUUUCGUCAAGAUGGUACUAUUAUCAAAUUUAUAUUUUAGAUACAUUAGAAUAUCAAGUACCUGAAAUACGAUUAGCCGGUGUUCGAGUUCUAAGGGAUUUACUUGAGCAAUUUGAUCCAUGCUCAUUUGAUUUAAUUAAUCUCAGUCUUAUUGUAUGUUUUCCAAUUAUUGUGAUUUUAGCGCAACGUGUGAGUUUUAUUCGACGGCAUAUUCUUUUACCAUGUUUUAAUUUUUUCUAUUAUUGCUGUGGUCGUUUUUAA